AUGGCAGAACCACAACCACCAGAUGUCGUCGAGGGCGCCGACCCUCCGGAGUCCAUCCCUGCCACCGCCGACGACCGCGCUGCCGCCAAAGCCAUGGACUCCCUCGAUGCCCGCGGCGAAGACGUCGAAGCUCCUACUACAGCCAAGAAAGAAGUCGACGUCAAAGCUCUGACUGACGCGAUGAAGCUGCUGGAGACCUCGUCAGGUGCGGGAGCAUCGACGCAGAAGAAGGCGCAGGAGCAGAAGAAGAAGGAAGAAGAGGUCAAGAAACCUUUGAUCAAAGUGGACCAGGGGGAUGUGGCGUUGUUGGUCGAGCAGCUGGACGUUAAUAAGGUGAAGGCGACGGAAAUCUUGAGGGCACACGAGGCGGAUGCGGUGGCGGCGAUGAAGGCGUGGGUUACUGCUGCUGUUUGA